AUGAUUCUGCAAAUUCUGCGAUUCUGUGGGUGCAAAAAUGCACUCAACCCUAUGACCUACUAGGCAGAAAACUCCUAAUCACAUAACGAUUCCCUCUAAACUUAGAACAAAAUAGUCAACAAGCAGUUCGAAACAAGAGCGAUGAUCAGGAUAGGAGAGAUAACAAAGUUAAGAAAGGAAGACAAGAUUCCUCACCUUGAGAUCACAGUUGAAAUGGAAAAUGAUAAAAUUAACCCAGACAUCCACUUCAUCUACUUACAUCAGGUACAAGAUAAAAAGAAAGACUAGGAGAUUGAUGAUAAAAAAAUAUACAGGGUGGAGAAGAUGGAACUUGCAGAAAACAUUGGCAGAGGCUAUAUCAAAAUAGACUUUGACAGAUCUAGGAGGUACAAAGUGUUUCUGUUAAGAUCACCAUAGUUUGAAGGAAAGAAAAAGCAGUAGAAUAAAGAGAAUGAACCCAAUAGCUCAAAUAGAAUAAUGACAAACUUUCAACUCAGCAGUAGCUAUGAAAUACUUGCAUAAACUCCCUCCUUUUCUAUUUAGCCUGCAAAUAACAAAAAACCCACUCAAGAGUAGACAUCAGAAAAUACAAGAUAAGUUGAAACUUGUGUAAUGUCAUCUAAUGAUACUAACAUCAACACACUUGGAAUUCAACAAGUGACUUAAAUCUAAGUCGAGCCACAGCCGUAUGAAUAUAAGAAUGUGAAUUCAGAAUAAUUCAUUAGUCCCUAUAAGAAUCAAGAGUCUAGUUCUGCUAAAAAGAAUUAGCAGCUUAAUGAAUCUGGAGACUCUAUCCUUAUGUCACCACUAAUAUCAGUGAAUCAGGGGAGUCUGAGUAAUAUUGCUAAUAACAUAUCUACCUCUUAGAUUUAAUAGUAAUUACUCCAACCUGCAGUCAACUCUUCAAUUCUGAGAAACUACAAUCCCUAGACAAGAACUUACUUCAAAUGCUCAAUCUACAGUCCUUCUAAUAGACUUUACACUGUUGAUGAAGUAAAUUCCACCUUCUCAGCUGAGUAAUUCAUGAAUCAAAGUUAGUCAAAGCAGCAAUCAUAGAGAGCUACAUUUUUCUCAAAUAACAUCAGAUAGAGUGUCGGAGGCUAGUCCAAUUUGUAACAGUAAUAUUAGUCAUGGAUUGGCUAGUAAAGAAAUUCUCAUUCAGGCACUUUUGCCAACAACACUUCCUAGAUAAAUAACUUAUCUCACAGUCCUAACAAUGACACAUUAAGUCCACAUUCUUCUUCUCGCUCUGAUAACUUGCAAAUUGACAAAACAUACAACAUAGAUGACAGCUAAAGCAGCAAUUCCGCGUCAAGGAAGAAGAAAAGAGAAAGCUUAGAUCGAUCAAUAAUUUUUCUUCAAAAUACUGGGGGAGGAAGUGGAGGAACCACUGACAGUAAUCCCUUCACUGUCAAUGUAUCAACCUUAAAGCAGAAAACUAAAGGAGAAGCCAAGUAUAAGUAGUUGUCUAGUGUCGAAAGAGAUAAGCUUUCAAAGGGCAGAGAAUCUGCACCUAUGUAUUAGGAUUCAAGAGGCACUAUUGGUAGUCUAGAAACAGAUCAAAGCUCACAAAUGCGACCAAGUAAUCUUAAAUCAAGUCUGAAACUAACCUCAAACUCAAGAAUGAGCUACAGAAAUUCUAAUGCUUCUAAGUUAACUACCUAUAAUAGAACUUCAUUUCUUAAUCAAGAAAUUAUGAAUGGCAAUAUGCAGCCUGUUAGAAAUAGUACUGUUAACAAUUAAGGCAGUCAGAGAAGAUCGCAGCUUAAGAAAUGA